ACGUUUUUCACUUAGGAGACACAAACAACUUCAAGUGUUCUUCCUCUGUUACACACAACGCUGUUCCUAGUUCAUAGUACCGUCCUUUACCUCGUACACAUCAAAGAGAGAAAAAUGGAAGGAGAUGGUUAUUGUGGGAGUUUUUUUCAGAGGUGCAAGCCUUACAUAGCUAUGAUUUCUCUGCAAUUCGGGUUCGCUGGUAUGACUAUAAUCACUAAGGUUUCCCUCAACCGUGGGAUGAGCCACUAUGUGCUUGUGGUUUAUAGACAUGCUUUUGCUACUGCAGCUAUUGCUCCCUUUGCUCUUGUUCUCGAGAGGAAAGUGAGGCCCAAGAUUACAUUUCUUAUGUUCAUGCAAAUAUUCGUGUUGGGUCUCCUUGGGCCUGUAAUUGAUCAGAACUUAUACUAUGCGGGAUUGAAGUUCACUUCCCCUACAUAUUCAUGUGCGAUAAGCAACAUGCUUCCUGCGAUGACAUUUGUGAUGGCAGCUAUUUUCAGGAUGGAGAAGAUAGACAUGAGAAAAGUAAGAUGCCAAGCAAAGGUGAUUGGAACUAUAGUAACGGUUGUUGGGGCUAUGUUGAUGACACUGUACAAAGGACAAGUCAUCAAUUUCUUGGGAUCCAAGUACAUGCAUCACCCCAGAAACUAUGAACCUGAAAACACCUCUGACUCGGGUGAAAAGGAUUGGGUUAAGGGUUCUAUUCUGCUCAUAAUGGCUACCCUUUCAUGGGCUUCUUUCUUCAUCCUUCAGGCUGUGACAUUAAGGAAAUACCCUGCUCAACUUUCCCUCACAGCACUUGUGUGUGCCUUAGGUACACUGCAAUCAAUUGCAGUUACCUUUGUCAUGGAGCACAAACCAUCUGUUUGGAACAUUGGUUGGGACAUGAACCUUCUUGCUGCAGCCUAUGCUGGAAUAAUAUCAUCAGGUAUUACCUAUUAUGUUCAAGGGAUUGUCAUGCAGAAAAAAGGACCAGUUUUCGUCACUGCUUUCAGCCCUUUAAUGAUGAUUAUCGUGGCCAUCAUGGGUGCUUUCAUCCUUGCAGAAAAAACAUAUCUAGGAGGGGUCGUUGGAGCUAUUCUCAUAGUAAUUGGACUUUACUCGGUUCUGUGGGGCAAACACAAGGAGAACAAAGAGAUAGAAGCAGAGACAACCGUUGAGAUAGUCAAGUGUUGUUCAGAAAAUGGAAGGAUGGAAACUGUGAUGGAAGAAGCUGAAACAAACAACGACAUUGAGAUGCAAAAGGGUGAAGAUUCCAAUGAGUUAAGGGUAGCCAUUAGUGUUCCAAAAGUUUGAAGUAGUGGAGAUUAGACAAGGAUGAAUAAUAAUUGAGGCUGCAAUGAAAAAGGGUAAUUGAGAGCAGAGAAAUUGCGAGGGGUUUUGUGUAACCAACCAUCUUUCUUCGGAAAAUUAACUACAACUUUUUUUUUUUGUGGUUUGAUUAGGACUCCUGUGUGGACCUUACUGUCCAUAAUGUAACUUAAAUUUUGCACACUUUGGUUAAAGGAAAAUUGACUUUGCACAAUU